AUGGACAAUUCCGACGACUACUUCAAUGACUCGUUCGACCUCGACGACAAUGACUUGGCUGUAUUGGAUGCAGAAGAAGCGAAAUACACACAAAGCGCGACUCAAAAAUCCUUAAAUACUGCUGAGAGUAUUCCUCCUCGAAAACGGCAGAAGAUAUCGCAUCCCCAAGUCGCCGAAGAUAUCUUAGAUGUCUUCCUGCAAGCAGAUGGAACAUAUGGCGUUGUUGGCGUUACGAGACGUGAGGAAGAGGGGGACAUAUCCAUCCCGCGGAAUUUGAUUGUUACUGAAUCACAAGAUAAUGUUCGCCCAACCAAUACCAAUAGCUUACCGAAUGUGUCUCGUCCUCAAAGCCUCUCACGGAAUACUUCUGUUCGUGGCGCUAAUGCACGAACAUUAUCAACGUUGUUGGGCCGGACCACAGCUGGGAAUGGACCAUGUACCCGCACUAGACCGACAGCUGGGAAUACACACAUGCCCUUGAGGGCAUCCCAGGUACCAGCCGGAAAAUUUGCAGAGAAACAAAAUAGAGUACCUCAAUAUCAACAGGAGAAGGAGGCGGAAGACUUGAAGGCGACUGUAGAAAAGCUCAGGCUUGAGAAUGAAAGGGCGAAGAAGGCUUUACAAGACGCGGAACUUUCUCGAUUUGCUCGUGAAGGUGAAGUAACUAUUUUGCGUAAGAAAAUCGAAAAAGCUGCACAACAGCAUGCUGAGGACCUUGCAAAGAUCAAAGAAACGAAGGAUGCUGCAAGCCUAGAGCAAGUGCGGAUCCAAAAGGAGAUGAAGGAACAGAUAGAACGACUUAGGACUGAAUAUAUUUUUAAGCAACAUGAAGUUGAGUCUUCGACACGCAAGCCAGGCUGGUCCGCAAGGUCAAAGAGAACGGCAUUGGGAUCUCAGAUGUCUCCUGUUCCUGUUCCGCGUGCUAUGCAAGACUGGACUUCGUCAGCCGCUAUGGGAAUGGGUAGGAGCAAUCUUUUCCUACAUACCCCGUCUCGAAGAGGUGCAACUGGCUCGGAAAAGCAGAAUCUGAAUCUUCUUAAGGCAGGAGCGACAUCGCGGACAGCAAAUAUCGAUCUGAAGUUCCCUGGUUUUGAGAAUUCGUUUUUGCCAUCGUCGCCGACUCGUUCCCCGUCCCGGACGCGCCAGUCUUCUGUUGUACCGAAGCGUGAUACAUCCGUCAUGCGCACCCCACGGAAAGAGGGCAAAGAGAAAGACAAAAAGAGAAAUGGCUUGAUCUCACCUGUGAAACCUCCAGCGUUGACGGUACGCUCGGCAAGUGAGCAAGCAUUCGAUGGACUUCCAAUAGACGAUACAAUACAGGAUUUCGAUGGAGACGUGGCGAUGAGUAAUUCCAGUCCUUCAAGACGAUCCAAGCCGCCGCUGAGAAUGGGAAGUAGUCCCAAUCUCGGACGAAGUGAGCUGGACUCCGUUGCGGAUUUAGACUUCUCCGACGACAUCGAUCGGGAAGCUUCCCCGGAAGAAAGCAUUUUCAUUGGUAUCGACUGGAGUGAAGAGUUACAUUACAUGCUGUUUUCGCAUGUCUCCAAGGCGUCGAAGACACUCACCUUUCAGUACCUUCUAUCUGCAGAUAGUUUGAACGAGAGCUACCAGCAAGCAUGCUCAGAAAUACUCGAAGCACUCGGAUCGAAGUACAAGUUCAGUACGCUGCAUGGACUAAUGGUCGCUGUGGCCAAGCAGUUGAUUUUGAUGGCCAACAAUUUAUGGGAGCAUAAUCAUUUUGGGCAUUUGCGUGCACUUUUAGAGUUGCUUAGUUCAACUAUGUCGUAUAUUCCAUCAUUCACGAGUGCUGUUUUGCAAGCUGGUAUGGAAAACCCGUCGGAAGACAACAUGCAUGCACUUCUUCGAGUAUUCAGUGAUAUAGCCCUCAACAGUUUAGAAAGUAAUAGCUUAGAGGACCACAACUACCAGCAUUAUCUACCACUCCUUCUGUCGUCACUGGAUCUCAUCAAGACGAUUACCUGGACAGUUUCUGGAGAACUUUGCUCUAGCCUGGCACCAUUGCUACAAACAGAUCGCGCCUUGUUGACUUUGCUCGACAAUAAGCAGCCAAGCUCUGUGGUAUCUAAUACGAUCAGCACACUAGUCCUGCUUGCAAGCCAUCGACCCGUGUCUCAGUCUAUGCUCUCCAUACCGAGCGAGGAGAGUCGCAAGCGGUUGUCCAAGAACACCACGUUAGAUGUAUUUCAAAUACCUAUAAUUGAACGUCUAUCUGCGUUUCUCGUAGACCAUGGUCCACUCACCGAUCCAAACCUUGGCGAAGACUUGUCUUCAAUUUUGAACUUCUUCGCGCUCCUGGCGGUCACAAACAUGGAAGGGAGGACAGUUUUACUGAAUUCAGGCGCACUAAUCCCAUGUUUGAUCCACUACCUGACGCACUUGACUACUAUGAUUUGGGAGGACGACGCACAAGUUAUGCAGUCUGUUAAUUACGCCAAAGGGGCUGUACAAAACAUGAAACAAGCACUUCACCUUUUACACCGCCUCGUUAUUCCUGGCGCAAGCUCUGAAGAUCAAUGUGCUCCAGAUUUCGACUUCCGGCAAAAGCUAUAUUACGUUCCACACCCGAUGUUUAAUGGUCUGCCGCACAUGUUCGUCGUGACGAUAGGCCGUCUAAGCUAUGCAGAUCCACCCGACUGGUUGAACGCGGACCUUCAAACUGAAAUUGAGAAACUGACAGAGCCUGCCAGAGAUCUUAUGGAAUUGAUCAUAGAAGGACCCGAAAGUGACAGUGUCUGGGUAGCAUAUCAAGAUGCCGAAGACGAAAGCGUCACGGAAAACGAUGAUGAAGCCGAGGCUCAGUUACUCGAAGCAAUUGAUCAAGAGUCUCAGGAGAUGUAACUAUGUAUACAGGUCGAUCUUUUUCUCUUCAUUUCCGAUAUCUAUCUCUUCGCAGCAUCGCAAUAUUGUAUCUGUAGACUCACUCACAGCUUCGCUACAAAACAACCACCAUACGCAAUAACUUCACAGUAAUUCUCUUCCCCAGCUACUCAUCACCUUCUUGACAUAUUAGCAUAUGCUCACACUUU